UUAACCUGCCCAGUUUCCGGUGCAUCAGCUACCCCAGGCUCCUCCUGCCCCAUCUCCAACCCAACAACCCAAGAAAUCUCCCCCUCCCUCCUGCGCACCUCCCUCCCCGACCGCAUCAACUACAUCAAAGACUUUCUCAUGUUCGGCACCCCCGAUCAAGAAAUCCUCCACAAAGUAGCUCCGCUGGUAAACGACCUGAUUCCCCAGGUCGUGGAUGAUUUGUAUGCGAAGCUGUUUGAGUUUGAUGUUACGAAGCAGGUGAGAUGGAGAGGUUCAAUUUGGUGUGGUUUCGAUGGACCAAUACCAUCUAGACUAGAGGAUUUGACUUUGGAUUCACCGCAAUUGGUGUAUAGAAAGAUAUUCAUGAAAUCCUGGGCCCGCCGCGUCCUCACCUCAGACUACUCCUCCGGCAAAACAUGGGCGUAUAUGGAUAAAGUCGGGAUCAUGCAUACCGGUGUGAAAUCGUUCAGGCAUAGGAAUCAUGUUGCGCCGUUGGUUGUUCCUUACCGCGACUGCGCCCUCUCCCUCGGCUGGGUCCAAACCGUCCUCCAAACAGCCAUCCUCCAACUCGCCCCCGCCGAGCUCUCGAACGACGAAAAGAUCGCCGCGAUCGGCGCGGUGAGUAAGGUUAUAUGGAUACAGAAUGAUUUGUUUGCGAGGCAUUAUGUCGAUGAGUAGGGAUGUAAAGAUUAAGAUUAAGAUUACGAUUAAGAUAGAUGGAUGGAAGGUAGAGAGAUAUAAGGUAUUUUCUUGCAUAUAGCUCUGUGUAGUUAGUGUGUGUAAUAUAUAUACGACUGAGAAGCAGUCAGUGUUC